GGAAAAACACACUCCAAAAGGAAAAAAAAAAAAGCAAAAUUACUAAACCACCAACAAUCCGCCGUCUUCUCAAUGAACAACCGCGCUGCUAUUGCCGCCGCCGCCCCUGCGGCGGAAGCAGAAAGAGUAGAAAAAAUGGGAAGAAAUAACAGCAGUAGUAUUUUUUGCUUAUUGUUUUUAGUUAAUUUUUUGAAUUUGAUUAGUACGAAAGUAAACGGCGGUGGAGUAUUCCAGGUGGAUUACAAGUUCGCCGGCACGGAGAGGUCUCUCAGCGCUCUUAGGGAGCACGAUAGCAUCCGCCACCUCCAAAUUAUCGCCGGCGUUGACUUGCCCAUUGGUGGCACCGGCCGCCCUGAUGCUGUCGGGCUGUACUAUGCAAAAAUAGGGAUUGGGACACCUUCAAAAGAUUACUAUGUGCAAGUGGAUACUGGGAGUGACAUCAUGUGGGUUAAUUGCAUUAAUUGCCAACAAUGUCCUACCAGAGGCUAUCGUGGUCUCGAAUUAACCCAAUACAAUCCAAAGGAUUCUCUUACCGGACAACUGAUUACUUGUGAAUGGGAAUUUUGUAAGGAGAUCAUGCGCGAUUCAUCCUCGGGGUGUACCUCUAAUGAGACUUGUCUAUAUACUGAAGUUUAUGGGGAUGGGAGUUUUAGCAUGGGAUACUUUGUUGAGGAUUUCGUUCAGUAUGAUCGGGUUUCUGGUGAUCUUCAAACUCAAUCAGCAAACGGAAGUGUCAUAUUCGGGUGUGGUGCUGGACCAUCAGCUGAUCUUAGUUCAUCUGAUGAUGCCCUUGAUGGUGUACUUGGUUUUGGAAAGGCAAAUUCAUCCUUGAUUUCACAGCUUGCAUCAGCGGGAAGGGUGAAAAAUAUGUUUGCCCAUUGUUUAGAUGGUGUAAAUGGUGGUGGAAUUUUUGCCAUAGGACAUGUUGUUCAACCAAAAGUUAACAUGACAGCUUUAGUACCAAACCAGUCGCAUUACAAUGUCAACAUGACAGCAAUUGAAGUCGGUCAUGUUAUGCUAAGUCUUCCUACGGAGGUAUUCACUGUUGGAGAUACAAAAGGGGCAAUAAUUGAUAGUGGUACAACCUUGGCUUAUUUCCCAGAAGUCGUAUAUCAGCAACUAGUAGUAAAGAUACUGUCCUGGCAACCUGAUUUGAAACUGCAAAUAGUUCACGAUGACUAUACGUGCUUUGACUACUCUGAUAGUGUUGAUGACGGGUUUCCCCCAGUCACUUUUCACUUUGGAAAUUCACUUAAUUUGACAGUUUAUCCACAUGAUUAUCUAUUUCCUUUUGAUGGGUUAAUGUGUGUUGGAUGGCAGAACAGUGGGGUACUCUCUGGUGAGAAGACGAAUAUUACGCUCCUAGGAGAUUUGGUACUGUCAAACAAGCUGGUCUUAUAUGAUCUGGAAAAUCAAACAAUUGGCUGGACCACAUACAAUUGUUCUUCCAGCAUUAAACUGAAGGAUGAAAUUACAGGGUCAGUGCAUCUGGUUGGUGCUCAUUCUAUACCAUCUUGCGCCUUCAGCCAAAGCGCACAAAAGGCUUUUAUCUUCUUGUUACUGAUGACUCUGCUGCAAGCUAUUUUCACUGGUUUGUGACUGCCAUGGUGAAUGUUAAGAUCAAGAAAUUGAUAUAGAAAAUAAUUGACUGUUAGAAAGUAUUCACAAGAGUAUAUAACAGAGUGGUGUGACUAUCAAGAUAGUGAUCCAAUUUGGCAUACAAAGGUUAGUUUUUAGUCUGUUCUAGUACCUUGGAAAUUUUGCAAUGAUAGUAGCAAAUUCUCUGAAAACAAAUUUUGUAAAUAGCUCCGUAUAUAUAGUGACCAUCUCUUAUAUUGCAAGAUAUCGGCAGCAUGUUCUAUGAUCA